AUGUCUUUCUCCAAGCUCAGCUUCGGCGCGAGCGCCAUCUUGGCCUUCGCCCAACUCUCGUCGGCAUACUCCCUGCCUCCGCUCAUCCCCAAGAUCCCCGGUGUGACCGAGCUGUUGAACAAGGCGGCCUUCCCUCUGCCCAUUCUUCAGAUUCCCACACCUGCCCUCCCGGCUCCGGCCUACACCCCCAGCAACAUCCGCCCCAAGAAGAUCGGAUACUACUGGACUGCCUCAGGUGACAACCAGCACGCCGACUUCCUCGUCUCCUACUCCCUUGACGAUGACACCUUCGGAACCCUCCUCCGCAUUGCUGAGGUUCCCACCUCCGGCAACUCUCCUCACCACUCUGGUCCUUCCGCCGACGGCAAGACCAUCUGGGGUGGUGGUCUUCUCUCCCUCUUGAAGACCCAGGACACCGGUUUCUUCUUCGAUGUCUCUGACCCAUACGAGCCCGUCUUCAAGAAGAGCAACCGUGGUCUCUUCAGCUCCAUCGCUGAUGAGGUUCGCGCUCUCCCCAACGGUGGUUUCCUCAUCACCUACAUGGGUUCCGCCGUCGGUACCUCCCCCGGCCGUCUCGUUGAGGUCGAUGCCAACUACGACAUUGUCCACGAGUACCCCGAGGAUGUCCCUGGUCUCCUUAACAUCCUUGGCGAGCAGUUCUCUCCUCACGGUCUCUCCAUCGACUUCGAGGCCAACCUCAUCUUGACCUCUGACUUCGUCGUCCCCGCCACCGUCCUCAAGCCCUUUCCCGUCAUCCUCCACGCCAACACUCUCCGUCUCUGGGACUACCACAGCAAGACCAUCAUCAACACCAUCACCAUCCCCAACGGUGGCGGUAUCCAGGACGUGAAGUUCAUCCCUGGCAACAAGGACCACGUCGCCAUUGCCACCGCAGUCCACACCGGUGAGGUAUGGGCCAUCUACCCAUUCGAGAACGACGAGAAUGGAAAGCCCGGAAAGGCCAAGCUCCUCUACUCCCUCGGCGAGCGCUUCCAGGACAACGUUGCCAUCUACUCCGACAUCACCCAGGACGGUCGCUUCGCCUACUUCACCUGCACCACCAGCAACCACAUCGCCCAGCUCGACAUCUCCGACCUCCACAACGUCAAGCGUCUUGAUGACCCCAAUGAGCAGCAGCCCAUUGUCGGUCCUCACUACGUCAAGGUCUCCCCUGACCAGAAGAACCUUGCUGUGACCGACUACUUCGUCGAGACUGGCCAGAUUGGUAACCUCAACACUGUCGGUGACUACAAGGGUUUGUGGAUCGACAUCAACCACGAUGGAUCGCUCUCCUUCAACCGCUCGAUCAACUUCUCUCAGCAAUUCGGCCAGGGCGGUCCCGGAGGCUACCGCAACGGUGCUAAGCCCCACUCCGUCGUCAUCUUCGACUUGACCGACGAGAAGAACCCCAAGUACUACUAA